CACCGCUGGAGAAGUGGCAGCAAGCGGAGGCGAGAGCCAUGGGUCAGGCGGCCAAGGUUUUACAGCUCUUUAAAACAUUGCACAGGACCAGACAACAGGUUUUUAAAAAUGAUGCUAGAGCAUUAGAAGCAGCCCGAAUAAAGAUAAAUGAAGAAUUCAAAUGUAAUAAAACUGAAACUUCUCCUAAGAAAAUAGAAGAGCUAAUAAAAAUAGGUUCUGAUGUUGAAUUGAUACUCAGAACAUCUGUUAUACAAGGUAUUCACACAGACCACAAUACACUGAAAUUGGUCCCUAGGAAAGACCUUCUUAUAGAAAAUGUGCCAUAUUGUGAUGCACCAACUCAGAAGCAGUGACUUUUACU